AUGCGCUCCAUGGCCCAGUCGCCUGUCACCCUUCUUGUAGCCCUGCCAAACCCAAUGUUCUUCGUAAAGGAUUUUGCAAAUUUCCAGAGGAAAGCUGGGGGGAAAGGAAAAAGGAAAAGGAAGCAGAACAAACAAGUUAGCACAUACAGUUUGCGGAAGAGAGAGAGAAAAACAUAUAUGGAAAUAAAUGAACCAAAUGAUGAUGAUUACUUGUUUUGUGAAUAUUGCCAGAUAUUCUUUAUUGAUGAAUGUUCAGUUCAUGGUCCUCCCGUUUUCAUCAAAGAUGCUGCAGCAGAAACAGGACUGGAAAAUAGAGCCGCUCUCACUUUGCCUCCAGGUUUGAGAAUUGGCCCUUCGUGUAUCCCCAGAGCUGGUCUUGGAGUCUGGAAUGAAGGAGAAAUUCUGCCUCCAGGAAUUCAUUUUGGGCCCUAUGAAGGGAAAAUGUCAGAGGAAGAGGAAGCAGCCAACAGUGGUUACUCUUGGCUGAUUACUAGAGGGCGAAACUGCUAUGUUUACAUUGAUGGAAAGAAUGAAACUAAUUCCAAUUGGAUGAGGUAUGUUAACUGUGCGAGGAAUGAGGAAGAACAAAAUCUUGUUGCCUUCCAAUAUCAUGGGAAAAUCUACUACAGAGCAUGUAAAAUAAUCCUCCUUCAUUCCGAGCUUCUGGUUUGGUAUGGAGAAGAAUAUGGGAAGGAGCUUGGCAUCAAGUGGGGAUCUAGAUGGAAAUCACUAAAAGUUUUCACCAAUGUCUUAGUGGCCCUGGCAGAGAAUAAAAAUCAUGUUAGCAAUGGAAAAAAGCUUUUCCACCUGGCCAGCCACAAGCGAACGCACACAGGAGAGAAGCCCUAUUCAUGUAGGGAGUGUGGGAAGAGCUUCAGCCAGUGUUCAGACCUGGCCAGACACAAGCGAACGCACACAGGAGAGAAGCCCUAUUCAUGUAGGGAGUGUGGGAAGAGCUUCAGCCAGUGUUCAGACCUGGCCAGACACAAGCGAACGCACACAGGAGAGAAGCCCUAUUCAUGUAGGGAGUGUGGGAAGAGCUUCAGCCAGUGUUCACACCUGGCCAGCCACAAGCGAACGCACACAGGAGAGAAGCCCUAUUCAUGUAGGGAGUGUGGGAGGAGCUUCAGCCGGUGUUCAACCCUGGCCAGCCACAAGCGAACGCACACAGGAGAGAAGCCCUAUUCAUGUAGGGAGUGUGGGAAGAGCUUCAGCCAGUGUUCACACCUGGCCAGCCACAAGCGAACGCACACAGGAGAGAAGCCCUAUUCAUGUAGGGAGUGUGGGAGGAGCUUCAGCCGGUGUUCAACCCUGGCCAGCCACAAGCGAACGCACACAGGAGAGAAGCCCUAUUCAUGUAGGGAGUGUGGGAAGAGCUUCAGCUGGUGUUCAGACCUGGCCAGCCACAAGCGAACGCACACAGGAGAGAAGCCCUAUUCAUGUAGGGAGUGUGGGAAGAGCUUCAGCCAGUUAUCAAACCUGGCCAGCCACAAGCGAACGCACACAGGAGAGAAGCCCUAUUCAUGUAGGGAGUGUGGGAAGAGCUUCAGCCGGUGUUCACACGUGGCCAGCCACAAGCGAAUGCACACAGAAAAGAAGCCACAUUAG